AUGUUUAUGACAAUUACUGAUCCCACCGACGGUGAGAUUCGUUCUGCAAUUCGAUUUCUGAAAGCAAAGAAGGUGAAACCAGCUGAAAUCUAUCUUCAAGUUAAAGAUGCUUACGGUGAAGACACAAGUGAUGGAAUGGCGAGAAAGUUUGUUAGAACGUUAAAUGAUGGUCGGACAAAUAUCCACGAUGAGGCUCGGAGUGGUCGGCCUUCUGUUGUCAACGAUGAUCUGUAUAAUUCUGCAGGUGGUUUCAAAGUCAAAGCAUUUACGGCAGGAGUAAUUACGCCUCUAAAUACUUGUCCUCCUACACAAACUCCUACACAAACUCCUACACAAACUCCUACACAAACUCCUACACAAACUCCUACACAAACUCCUACACAAACUCCUACACAAACUCCUACACAAACUCCUACACAAACUCCUACACAAACUCCUACACAAACUCCUACACAAACUCCUACACAAACUCCUACACAAACUCCUACACAAACUCCUACACAAACUCCUACACAAACUCCUACACAAACUCCUACACAAACUCCUACACAAACUCCUACACAAACUCCUACACAAACUCCUACACAAACUCCUACACAAACUCCUACACAAACUCCUACACAAACUCCUACACAAACUCCUACACAAACUCCUACACAAACUCCUACACAAACUCCUACACAAACUCCUACACAAACUCCUACACAAACUCCUACACAAACUCCUACACAAACUCCUACACAAACUCCUACACAAACUCCUACACAAACUCCUACACAAACUCCUACACAAACUCCUACACAAACUCCUACACAAACUCCUACACAAACUCCUACACAAACUCCUACACAAACUCCUACACAAACUCCUACACAAACUCCUACACAAACUCCUACACAAACUCCUACACAAACUCCUACACAAACUCCUACACAAACUCCUACACAAACUCCUACACAAACUCCUACACAAACUCCUACACAAACUCCUACACAAACUCCUACACAAACUCCUACACAAACUCCUACACAAACUCCUACACAAACUCCUACACAAACUCCUACACAAACUCCUACACAAACUCCUACACAAACUCCUACACAAACUCCUACACAAACUCCUACACAAACUCCUACACAAACUCCUACACAAACUCCUACACAAACUCCUACACAAACUCCUACACAAACUCCUACACAAACUCCUACACAAACUCCUACACAAACUCCUACACAAACUCCUACACAAACUCCUACACAAACUCCUACACAAACUCCUACACAAACUCCUACACAAACUCGCCAUUUCUAUAUAUAUAUAUAUCCCGACACAAAUACAAUUUAG